UCCUAAUCACUGUUCAGUCAGUGUGAAUUAAGACCAAAACAUUAAUCGUUCGAUCGCCAGAGUGAAAAUUAUUUUUCUUUGAAAUAACCCAGACAAACUAAUCGAUUCCAGCUUGUGCCGCCAUGUCCGAGGUAAACUUCUCCGCCCGUGCCUACUGCAAGAUGAUGCUGCACGCGGCCAAGUACCCGCACCUGGCCGUGAACGGGCUGCUGCUGGGUGCCAAGGGUGGCAGCGACCAGCAGAAGGUGCUCGAUGCGGUUCCCCUAUUUCAUCAGUGUCUGCAUGUGAGUCCGAUGGCGGAAAUUGCUCUGAUUCAGGUAGAGGCAAAGGCCGCCAAGGAGGGAAUGCAGGUGCUGGGGUACUAUGCGGCGGCGGAAAAUUUCUACGACAACAGUCUGGAGAGAGCGCCGGGGGCACGGAUUGCCGACAAGGUGGCGGAGAAUGUGACGGGAGCGGUGUUCGCCGUGAUUGACAACCGAGCUGUCUCGAUCAACAUGCGCUACCCGGCGCUCAAAGUUUGGCAGAGCAAGGAGGGACGCUGGACCAAAGUAGGCAAGUGCUCGGUAGAGGAUUCAAAGAACACUUUCGAUGCCGUGUCGAGCUUGCUGCAACGAGGGGCCAUGAAGGAGCUCAACGAUUUCGACAACUAUCUGGACAAUACGGAUAAUGAUUGGAGCAAUGAUCAUCUCAAUAGGGACUUGCGGCAGAUUUUGUCCAUGUACUAGGACAAGUGCAAUUUUUCAUUCCCAAAAAGCUAUAAUUUAUUCUCAAAAUCACAUUAUAAAUUGUAAUAAAAAGGAUUUGUUCAACGUUUAA